AUGGACAUGGAGAUUUUGUCUGAAUCAGAUUUCAACAUCCUUGAAUCUUUCCAACGUUUCUUCGAUAGUUCUGACGAAUCUAUACUACCUCCGCCGCCGCCAACGACAACAGUUUCGACCUGCAAUAAUAUCGUUCUUAAACCUUCAUAUAACCGGAGUUCAAGUUUCAGUGGUGUCUUUUUGAAUGAGAGCUGGGGUGAUUUGCCUUUAAAGAUUGAUGAUUCCGAAGACAUGCUGCUUUACACUACUUUACGCGAUGCGGCGAACUCUGGGUGGAGUCCUUUGAACGGCGUUGGUUUGAAAACGGUGACUGAAGCGGUUGAACAAGAGUCAUCCAGCGAAGAGAAGGAGAAGAUCAACGUGGCGCCUUCGAGGGGGGCGAGUUUUAAAGGGGUGAGGAGAAGGCCGUGGGGGAAGUACGCGGCGGAGAUAAGGGAUCCUAAGAGGAACGGUUCGAGGAUUUGGCUGGGGACUUACGAGACGCCUGAGGAUGCUGCAUUGGCUUACGAUAGAGCCGCUUUCGAAAUGCGUGGGGCUAAGGCUAAACUGAACUUCCCUCACUUGAUUGGCUGUAGUGAUCGGCAGCCACUCAGAGUGGGCUCAAGGCGUCGCUCAAUGCAACCUUCAGCUUCCACAAUGUCGCAGUCCAAGAGAAGGAAGAGUACAGGUUCAAGUAACUCCACAACUACAGUCGAGCUGCCGGAGAAUACAACCUUAGCUGCACCAAUGGAGGUGAUUCAAAUGAGUUCAUGGACACCAGCAGACCAGUUUUGGAAUUUCUAG